GUCCCCGGGGGUGGGGGUCCUCGCGGCGUUGCUGGGGUGACGGGGCCUAGUGGCGGCCGGCGGCUCCUCGGCCUCGCGUGUGGGAAUGUGGCGGCGGAGCCUCCAACGGUUGCUGCGGGCCGGGGGGAGCGGGGGAGGCGGCGGCGGCCCGGGGGAGGCGGCAGGUCGUGGGGUCGCGGUCAGCGCCGUCAGGGGCACGGUGAUGGUGGAACGCUGGUGGCAGGUUCCCCUCCCCAAGGAGGGCAAACCGGCCAGGCUGCACCCCAGGAGGCAUCGGGUGUACCGGCUGGUGGAGGACACGAAGCACAGCCCCCAGGAGAGGUUGGAGCUCAUCCUAACGCAGACCGUCCCCAAGCUCGGAGAUCGAGGGGACACGGUCUUUGUGAAGAAGGCCAUCGGUCGGAACCGGCUGCUGCCCCAGGGCCUGGCUGUUUACGCCUCACCAGAGAACAAGGCCUUGUUCAAGCAGGAGCGCAUGGUGCUUCAGGAGGGGGGGUGCGGAGGGAGAGGAGGCAGACCCCCAACCGUCGAGUUCCUGAAGGGGUCGCGGCUGAUGGUGAGGAUGAAGAACAACGUGAAGUGGGAGCUGAGCAGGGACAUCGUCUGCCGCCACUUCCUCAGGGAGCUGCAAGUGUUUGUUCCACCGGCCGCGCUGAGGAUUCCCGACGAGCCCAUCACCCGCUGGGGCGAGUACUGGUGUGAGGUGACGGUGAGUGACACUGAGACGAAGCAGCACCCACCCCCAGUCACCCGAACUGCCCCCAGUCACCCGCACCAACCCCGGUCUGCGGCACCCAUCACACACUCCCGGGGUCAGACACAGGGUGAAGCUCCCUCCACACCGUCCCAUCACACACUCCACAGGUUAGAUUUACCAUGA